AUGGCUUCUGGAGUGCCAAAGACACCAACACCUCGUAUUUUGCUCAGGGAAAGACUGAAGGCUGAUUCUCUGACUCCCUCUGCCUUCCAGAAGGAGAUGUCUCUCAACACCAAGCAGAGGCUGGCCAGAGCUAAGAAGCUGAGUCUGCCUCCCAUUGUCCAGCCUCAAGACAAGCCUGGGACCUCCCAUCACAAGUUCUCAGCAGCUGCCCCAGAGCAGCGCUCGUUUCAGCCUUGCCCACCAGAGGUGGUGUUUCAGAACUACAGCCCCGGUGAGGUCUGUGAAGUGCCGCUGGUUCUGAGGAACAGGGACAAGGUUCCUCACUUGUUGAAGGUCACCUUGAAGAGCUCACCUUAUUUCCAGCUGGUGGGCCCCAAUGACGUGUGCCGCAAGGUGCCACCGGGCCUCUACACCACUGUCCGCAUCCUCUUCACCCCUGGGCAGAGAAAGGAUUAUUUCCACCAGCUCCUCUGCACCACUGAAAAUGAAGAGUUCAUUGUGCCAAUUUGGGCCAUCGGUGGCCGAGCCAUCCUGGACUUCCCUGACCAGCUGGACUUCUCCACCUGUCCGGUCAAGUACACGACCCAGAAGACCCUGCUGGUUCACAAUGUUGGAAACCGGCCUGCUUGUUACGAGCUGAGCACCCAGAGCCCUUUCUCUGUCACUCCGGCCAUGGGAACUCUGGAUGUUGGUGACGCCGUGGAGGUGGCAGUGGAAUUUCGGCCACUGAAGACUGGUGACCAUUGCAGGUCCCUUGUUGUGCACUACGACACAGGUGAAGACACCCACACAAGCCUUCAUGCCAGAGCUGUGGAUGCUCACAUCAGGCUGGACAGGAAUACUGUGACCCUGGAGAAGACGUACAUCACCAUGUCAAACAGCGCAACUGUGCUCAUCCACAACCGCAGCGACAUCACAGCCCGCUUCCAGUGGAAGGCUGUGGAUACUGAGGAACAGGAGGAACAGCUGAGGCAGAGGCAGUAUCACAGGAUAUACCAGCAGCAAAGGCACAAGUUGUAUAGUUUUCUGAAGGAGCGUGAAGUGGACAUCACUUGCCGAGAACGCCUUGCUCUUCUCAACCACACCUUCCAGAGUGAGGUAGCAAAGAUCAGAGGAGAUCCCAUGCUGUUAGACGAUGACAUUUUCUCCCUUGUGCCUAAGGAGGGUGAGAUCAUGCCGAAGUGCUCGGCUGAAAUCAGCGUGUUCUUCACGCCCCAGGCAGCCCAGGUCUAUGAGCGAACAGUUUACUGUGACAUCUCAGGCCGUGAGAACAGGCUGCCCCUGCUCCUCAUGGGGGAAGGCCUCGGGCCCCAGGUCCAUUUCCACUUUGAGGAACUCAACAUCGGGGAGGUUUUUGUCAGAGUAACCCACAGAUAUGAGGCAUACCUGAUCAACAAGGGGCCUAUUGAGGCUCCCUUCAAACUCAUCCCUCCAACCACAGCCAUGGGCUCCUGCUUCACCUUCCUGCCCCAGGAGGGCAUCGUGGCACCAGAGAAGCUCCAGGCCAUCCGGGUCUCCUUCUGUCCCACCAUCCGGGGGGAGUUUGAGGAACAAUUCUAUUUCCAUGUGGCUGAAUCCCCUAAGCCUGUGAUCUUCACUGUCAGGGGCUCUGUGAUGGGACCCACUUUCCAUUUUGAUGUGCCCGCCCUGCACUUCGGUGACAUCGCCUUUGGUUUUCCUCACACCUUGAAGUGUUGCCUGUUUAACACCUCCCUGACACCCAUGGGCUUCUCCCUCUACAUUCCUGGGGAUGGCUUGGGAGUGCCCAGUGUUAGCAGCACUACUCAGAUAGGCAAACCCAGCAGCCAGUUGUGGAGGAAGGAAGUUCGAGUUCUGAGGAGAUUACAGGAAUUUACCAUAAACCCCCACAGCGGGACCGUCCGUGCCCUGGGAUCCCAGGAUAUCAAGGUCACUCUGUGUCCCAACACUGUUGGGGACUACAAUCUGGAGCUGGUGCUGGACGUGGAAGAUGUUGGCAGGAAGGUGUUUGCACUGCCCCUCACAGCCAGGUGCAUCGUUCCUACUCUGCGAGUGCUCAACCCUGUCGUGGAACUGGGGCACUGCUGCUUGAAGGUGCUCUAUGAUGAGAAGGUGACCCUGGUGAAUGACAGUGACUUCCCAGGGUGCUACUGUCUUCUCCCUCAGGAACACAAGGAGGAGGCUGCUGCGUGGUACUCCAGCCUUGCACCCUCUGGGAUUAUCGAGGCUCACAGCUCGGUGCAGAUCCCAAUUACACUCCAGGCCCAGUUGCUGGGACAGUGCAGCAUCACUGCCAAGCUGGCCGUGUUGGGGAGACCAGGAUCCCCACUGCUGCCUUUGUUGCGUCUUUUGACCUUUGCUACCUUCUUCCUGGAACAGGAAAUCCGUUUAGAGUGCGUUGGCCAGGGCCCCGUUGUCUAUGUCCAUCCCAGGGAGAUAAACUUCGGCUCUAUCCCAGUCCUAGAGGAUUGUUCCAAAACUCUCCACCUCGCCAAUCAGUGUAAGAUUCCUGCAGCCUUCCAGGUGGAGAUGGCUGUGGAACGUUCCUGCUGGAGGAUUGAGCCCAGUAAAGGAGUGGUCCCCCCCAGUUCUGAGGUGUCCGUGGCUGUCAUAGCUAACCUGAAUGACACAGUGAAAUUCCAGGAGAAGCUGAAGGUGUUCAUUGAGAACAACCCUGUGACCAUCAUCCCUCUCCAGGCUGUGGGCAUUGGCACCACAGUUGUCUCGGACAAACCUCUUGUUCCGAAGCUCGACUUGAAGUCCUGCUUCAGCUUCAGUCGCUGCUUUUACCACUUCCAGCUGACGAACAGAGGCCGCCGCACGCAGCGGCUCUACUGGAGCACGGAAGGGUUCCGCACCUUCCGCCGCAGCGCGCGGGCCCCGGCCCCCGCGGGCCCCCCGGGCAAAGGGGCUCCCCCCAUGCCCAGGCCUGGCAGCCCCGUGUUCAAGCUGUGCCCAGCGCAGGUGGACCUGAGGCCGGGCCAGACUGUGGACAUGGUGCUGGAAGGCUGCUCCAGCACUGUCCAGGAGGUGAAGGAGCGGCUGCUGUGCCACGCUGUGGUGGGGAAAGAGACAGCAAAGAAACAGAUCCUGCAAACAGAUGUCAUCUGCAACUUCAUCUGCCCUGCAGUGCAAAUGUCCCCCAGAGCCAUCGCUUUCCGUGUGGAAAAGAAACCCAGUGAUGUCCUGACACUGCAGUACCAGCCGCUGACAUUAAAAAACACCAGCUCCCUGCCAUUCAGCGUGGUGCUGGACUUGGAGCAGCCCUUCCUGGUCUGCAAUGUGAACCGGAAGCCCCUCCCUGCAAAUUGCAAGCCUGUGAGAGUGGGUGUAGGGAAGGAACUUCAUCUCUGCAUCUGCUUUAACCCAGCUUAUAAGAACAGUCUGAUCAGCUGGGUGGUAAAGAAGGUUCUCAGGGUGAGCUUCAUGGAGCAUCCUCAUGUGGAGAAGAUCCCUCUUCGGGGGGAAGUCUGCUUCCCAAAUCUCCACCUCCCCACCAAGGCCGUGGACUUUGGCUGCAUCAUAAAUGACACUGAACAAGAGUUGAAGAUGGAGAUGACCAACUGCAGCCCACUCCCUGUCAACUACCACUGGUCAUUCCUGACAGACAGCCAGGUGAACACCAUCAGGUUCAUCCCUUCACCACCUAAAUUCAAGCCACGGUCAUUAAACAAGAGGAGAGUGUUUCUACGGAGAUACUCCAGGACUGAAAGUGUGGAGGAGCCAACUGAAACCCCAGAAACAACGCAGGAUUCUGCCCAGGAAGAUUCUGCCCAGGAAGAUUCUGCCCUGGAGGAUUCUCUCCUGGAGGAUUCUGCCCUGGAGGAUUCUGACGAGCAGGAUUCUGCUCAGGAAGAUCAUGCCCAGGAG